AUGUUACCUUAAUUAUAUCCUUAAAUAUUCGAUGAGUUUGUAAGACCGAGAACUGGUCUUUUAUUUUAUGGACCUCCGGGGACUGGAAAAACUCUAUUAGCUAAAUGUAUUGCUACUGAAACUAAAAUGAAUUUCCUUUCAGUUAAAGGGCCUGAAUUAUUAAAUAUGUAUAUUGGUGAAAGUGAAAAAAAUGUCAGGGAAAUAUUUGCUAAGGCUAAAAGAAAUUAACCUUGUGUCAUUUUCUUUGACGAAUUGGAUGCAUUGGCUCCUAAUAGGGGAAAUGCGAGUGAUUCUAAUUAAGUAAUGGAUAGAAUUGUUGCUUAGUUUUUGACUGAACUUGAUGAAGUUAGUAAAUAAUAAUCAAACCUUUUUAUUAUUGGAGCUACUAAUAGACCUGAUUUACUAGAUUAAGGAUUAUUAAGACCAGGAAGAUUCGAUAAAUUGAUUUAUUUAGGAAUAAAUAGUGAUCAUGAUACUCGAUUAAAAAUAUUGCAAGCACAAACUAGAAAAAUUAAACUUGCAAAUGAUGUUUAAUUUGAAAAAAUACUUGAAAAUGUUCCUAAUAAUUUCACAGGUGCAGAUUUUUACGGACUUAUAAGUUAAACAGUGUUAAAAGCUGUAAGAAGAAAAAUAAAAGAAAUAGAAGAAUUAUAUGAAUAAAAAAAAUAAGAAAAUGAAAAAAAGAAUAUCGUUCCAUCUGUUUCAAAAGCUGAAUUAUAAAAAUAUGAAUAACUAAGAUAAAAAUUUUAAUGA